GCUUGUCUAUGUUAGGCGAGGCCACCACCUGUGCUAAUUAGCUAUCUAGCAUGCUCCUCCAAACACCUGUGUGUAAGCAUGAAUCGGGAAGUGUAGUUUUGUUGGAUGGAUCUGUGAAACACGUAGCAGUUUUAUUUUAAAAAAUUGUGCGUUUCUUUCUCACUGAUGAAAGCUAUUGGAAGAUUGUGCGAGAAAUGUGAUGGAAAGUGUGUGAUCUGUGACUCGUAUGUGAGGCCUUGCACACUGGUGCGCAUCUGUGACGAGUGCAACUACGGGUCGUACCAGGGGCGCUGUGUCAUAUGUGGAGGUCCCGGGGUGUCUGACGCUUACUACUGCAAAGAGUGCACCAUCCAGGAGAAAGACCGAGAUGGAUGCCCCAAGAUUGUGAACUUGGGCAGUUCAAAGACUGACCUUUUCUAUGAACGGAAGAAGUAUGGCUUCAAGAAGAGGUGAAGACAGGCCUGUCCAACGAGUGCUUUGCUUCUGUUUUUUUUGUAUGAACGUUUUUACCUUUGUGUGUGAACAUGUUUUGACAAUACAAUAAAGCUUUAUUUUACAUUA